AUGAUCUCUACAGUCCCCCUCACGGUGGGACGCCGACGCAUCUUCGGCUCUGUGUUUCCUCCCGUGUUGCUUGACGCCCACCCUCCGCCGCAUCCCACCUUCGAUCGCGACCAGACUCCGAAAGCGACUCCAUCGGACUCCCAUCAAUCAGCGGAAUCUCUCCCAGACCAAGAGACCUGGAGCCAAGCAUGGCGCGCGGCGACGGCAUUCUUGGCCGUGCCGGAUGGGGGCUUCGCGCCGAUCUAUAAUUACAGGGAGACCGAUGGCAGUGAAAUAUUGAAGCAAUGGAACCGACUCAGUCCUCCGGCGAAAGAGACCGCAGAAGCAUUGUCGUUCCUGACGUCUUCGAAUUCUCAAUAUCCCCUGGAUGGUGCUGUUCCACGGGGUCUGUUUAGUUGGUACGGCGAUGAGAUACGGAGGCAUUUCUUGACGAAUCUUCGAGCGGGGCUAUACGAGCUUCUAAACAGCGACGAGAAGGAAGGACUGCUCCGAAAGAUUGUGGAUUGCUUGCAGCUCGCCCGUCGAAUCUACCUGGCUCCGAUUGUGCAUUAUCUACUACCAUUACUCGCCACACCCGAGCAAGGACGUGUACUGACCCAACUGCAGCGGAGCUUCCACACGGUGGUUUCAUACUCCCUGCCCUGGUCGCAAAUUUCGCCACUUCUCACAGCAGAGCUUGCGCGGGACGCACUGGUUAUUUUGGGGAUUGACACCCUGACCGACGAUUCGAGUGAGGCAAACCAAGAUGACAUGGAAGUGGACCGGAAAUACUCCGUCUCCUACCAUGACUGGAGGAUGGAAGACUCCGACGAGGCCCGGGCGCAGAUCAUGACCGAGGGCGAGGAUGCUCGCGUCACGAUGGCGCGAGAUCGACUGCUGGCUUUUCUCAAUGGCCUACAACUUGUCGGGCUCGGCGGCGAGAAAGCACAGAAGGUGUUUGCUAGCGUGAUGGAUAUCAUGAUGACAGAAUUCGUCCGUGCCGCUUACACGGAUCAGUGGCAGGCACCAACAUCGGCACCGCAGCAUCUGCGACAGUGGAUUGAAAAUGUGUUUGCACGCCUCGCGGUGCAAGUGCUGGCUAUUAUCCACACUCCGUUCGCGACUCAAGCCGCUAGCAGUAUGGAUGUGAGCUUUGGCGAUGUGGAAAAGUGGCAAGAGAUGGGCAUUGCACGUCUUGGGAGUCUUCGGACGAGUGAAUUCUUCGAUGUGAUCGUUGAAUGGCCUGCCAGCAUUGGCGCUGUGGAAGAUCUACGGCACUUCACGACGCAUCCCGCAGCGCGGAACCAUGUCACGCAGUGGUUCAUCCACACCUUGAACAGACGGCUCUUACAUCCCGGUGCCUCGACAGUUCAAAUUUUGCAACUGUAUAUUUCUAUCAUUCGAGCCUUUCAUCUCCUGGACCCCAAGGGCGUUCUUCUUGACCGCAUUGCUCGGCCAAUCCGGCGAUACCUCAAGGACCGCGACGAUACAGUCAAAGUAAUCGUCAGUGGGCUCCUUGCUGAGCCGCCAGCCCCGGGCGAGUCUGUUGUCCCUAGCAGUGACACCCUGGUGGAACUGGCUGCGGAGCUGAACAAGGCACACCAGAAUUCACUGAGAAACCAACGGGGUGAACUCGACUGGGACGAUAUGAACUGGGCACCAGAUCCCGUCGACGCGGCACCAGAUUACCGCAAAUCAAAGAGCUCAGAUGUCAUCGACAGUCUAGUCAGUCUGUUCGACUCGAAGGAGACCUUUGUCAAGGAGAUGCAGACCCUACUAGCGGACCGCCUGCUCCAGAAACGCACCGACUUUGACCAGGAAAUGUCGGUUCUGGAGCUUCUGAAAGUGCGAUUUGGGGAUUCGGCAUUACAGGCAUGCGAAGUUAUGCUCCGGGAUAUCUUCGACUCUCGACGUGUCGACCACGUCGUGCGGAACGACCAAGGCCUAUCCAAGCCUCGCAGGGCGGUCAGGGCAACCGCCAAACAAGAUGUGCCCGAGAUCCACGCAAAGAUCCUAUCGCGGUUCUUCUGGCCAGAGAUCCAAGAUCAAGAAUUCAAUGUGCCCGAGGAAAUUGUGUCUCUGCAACAGCGAUACUCGGCCGGGUUCGAGGCCCUCAAGCAAUCCCGCAAGCUCACGUGGCGGAACGGAUUGGGUCAAGUCACCGUCGAGCUAGACCUGGAAGACCGAGUCUUCGUAGAUGAAGUGACAACGUGGCAGGCCACCGUAAUCUACGCCUUCCAGACCGAAUCAGAGCCAGAAGUCGCAAGGACAGUCACCGACCUCGCGGGCCAACUUCAGAUGACAGCCACGCUAGUCCGCAGUGCGUGCUUGUUCUGGGUGAGCAAGCGCAUCCUCACAGAACCCCACCGCGACACCUUCCGCGUACUAGAAGUCCUCCCCACCGAAGAUGAAAAGCAGCCUGGCGACCCUAGCAGCUCUAGCGCACCCGGUAACGAAGGGGCAGGCAGUUCCUCGGACGACGUCGCGGCCGCGGCAGCAGCAGCGGCAGCCGCCGCCGCGAAGGAGUCUGCCGAAGCCGCUACUAUGGAGAAAAUGAAUCUCUACUGGCAGUUUAUUGUUGGCAUGCUCACGAACCAGGGCGCGCUCCCUCUGCCGCGCAUUGUCAUGAUGCUGAAAGUGGUCGUUCCCGGCGGAUUUCCAUACAGCAAUGAGGAGCUGCGUGAGUUCCUGGCUGGGAUGGUUUCUCGGGGGAAAUUGGAGAUUGUGAGUGGUGGCAAUUACAAAAUCGUGCAUUGA